GUUUCGAUUUCGAUUCGACGUUUCAUUUUGGGGGCGGGUAUCGCUACUUUACUGUCCUAGCGAAAUUUAGGAAAAAUGAGAUAAUUUAUCAUUUAGUGUUAAUUCGAGUAUAUUAAAUUAUUUCAUUAAACUAAUGUUAGUGUCUACAGUACCGUAGGUUUCUAACAAGAUGAUUGGGGGCCUGUUCGUGUACAACCACAAGGGCGAAGUCCUGAUCUCACGGGUGUACCGUGAUGAUAUUGGGCGGAAUGCCGUGGACGCGUUCAGAGUGAACGUGAUCCAUGCGAGGCAGCAAGUGCGCUCGCCCGUGACUAACAUCGCUAGGACUUCCUUCUUUCAUAUUAAGAGAGCCAAUAUCUGGCUGGCAGCUGUGACCAAGCAGAAUGUGAAUGCUGCUAUGGUGUUUGAAUUCCUUCUGAAAAUCAUAGAUGUGAUGCAAUCUUACUUCGGCAAGAUCUCCGAGGAGAACAUCAAGAACAACUUCGUGCUUAUCUAUGAGUUGUUGGACGAAAUCUUGGACUUUGGUUACCCUCAGAAUUCAGACACAGGAGUCCUGAAGACAUUCAUUACCCAGCAGGGUAUCAAAUCUGCAUCCAAAGAAGAACAGGCUCAAAUCACUUCACAGGUGACUGGCCAAAUUGGAUGGCGUCGCGAGGGCAUCAAAUACAGACGCAAUGAGCUGUUCCUGGAUGUACUGGAGUAUGUCAACCUCCUCAUGUCUCCUCAAGGUCAAGUCCUGUCAGCUCAUGUAGCUGGCAAGGUGGUAAUGAAAUCUUACCUCUCUGGCAUGCCAGAGUGCAAGUUUGGUAUCAAUGACAAGAUCGUCAUGGAAGCCAAGGGGAAAGGCAAUGGUGGCAUCUCCGGCAACACUGACAGUGACCCAGCUCGCUCCGGCAAGCCAGUGGUCGUGAUUGACGACUGCCAGUUCCACCAGUGUGUGAAGCUCAGCAAGUUUGAGACGGAACAUUCCAUCUCUUUCAUACCUCCUGAUGGCGAGUUCGAGCUUAUGAGAUACCGCACAACCAAGGACAUAUCCCUGCCGUUCCGUGUGAUUCCAUUGGUCCGUGAAGUGGGACGCACUAAGAUGGAAGUAAAAGUGGUGCUGAAGAGCAACUUCAAGCCCUCGUUGCUUGGCCAGAAGAUUGAGGUCAAGAUUCCCACUCCACUGAACACUAGCGGAGUCCAGCUCAUCUGUUUAAAGGGGAAAGCCAAGUACAAGGCUUCGGAAAAUGCUAUUGUUUGGAAGAUAAAGCGCAUGGCUGGUAUGAAGGAGACGCAGCUGUCUGCUGAGAUUGAGCUACUUGAGACGGACACUAAGAAGAAAUGGACCAGACCACCCAUCUCUAUGGGAUUCGAGGUGCCAUUCGCACCUUCUGGGUUCAAGGUCCGUUACCUGAAAGUGUUCGAACCCAAGCUGAACUACUCCGACCACGAUGUGAUUAAAUGGGUGCGCUACAUCGGACGCUCAGGACUCUACGAGACAAGAUGCUAAACGAAUACUGGUUACAAUGAAAUGCACGAGCUAAGUGGUUGAACGGACACAGUAAUGGCGUGUUACAUAAUAUAUUUUUUUUGUAUAUAAUUUCACAUGCAUCGAGAGAUUCCUUCAAUGAGUUCUAUUUUUUUAUUUUCACUCUAAUAUGUAUGCGUAUACGGUAUCAUUAAUCGUAAUUUUAUGUAAUACAAUUUAAUUUGAAAAUUGUGGUAAAAGACAUAUUUUAAUCAUAUAAUUUUCGAUUUUAAUGGUGUUAGACAGAAGGUUUCAAGUUUAUUGUGAAUUACUGUACAUACCGAAAUCUCUUGAAAGCGAUUGUGAUUUAAAAAAUCAACUUUUUCUUAAAUAUUGAUCAGUACCAGUGCAAUAAUUACUCAAUAGCUUAUGAAGAUUUGAUCAAUCGUCAAUCAGAGUAUAGUAUGACUCAAAAUAUAAUUUGUACUACAAUACUUCUGUCUAAUAUCUCAUAUAAACAAUAAAAAUUAUUAUAAUAUCAAUUAAUUAUAAUUAUAUCAAAGUUGAAUGUUUUAAAUGGGCUGCAUUUUUACAUUUUUAUGUUUGUACAUUAUAUUUCUAUCGUAGAAUCUCAUACUCGUAUCAUUGGUUAUUCGCUUGUAAUAUUCGCCCUUACAGACCAUUUGUGUGGGGAAGAAUUUAAUCAAAAAUGUAUAAGAUAUAUUCACUUAAGGUCAAAACGCCGGCAACAUACUUGUAACUCCUGAGAACUGAAGUACGAAUUUCUUUUCGAGAAACGAGACUGCGUUCGGCGCUGUGAUUCAGAGCAGAGGCCUUAGUACAAGUUUGUCUUAAGUUUAAAGUAUUCGUAACGAGACCUCG